CAUGCUAAUGUAGCUUAAUUUGUUCAAGCUGAAUAACUCCGCUUCAGAUCGUCAAAACACUUUAAAAAUCUACAAUACAGCUUAACAGAAAGCCUUAGCGGAUUAUAAAAGCACUGCUGCACAAAAUGUUGGCAACAGGAGCAGCUGUCACCACGGCACUGGCACAAGUAGACAGAGAAAAGAUCUACCAGUGGAUCAAUGAGCUGUCCAGCCCUGAGACCAGGGAGAAUGCCCUUCUGGAGCUCAGCAAGAAAAGGGAGUCUGUGCCAGACCUGGCACCCAUGCUGUGGCACUCCUGCGGCACCAUAGCAGCUUUGCUGCAGGAAAUCGUCAACAUCUACCCAUCGAUCAAUCCUCCCACGCUGACAGCACACCAGUCCAAUAGAGUGUGUAAUGCACUGGCACUCCUCCAGUGUGUAGCCUCCCAUCCAGAGACAAGGUCGGCUUUCCUGGCCGCACACAUCCCGCUCUUCCUUUAUCCGUUUCUACACACCGUGAGCAAAACGCGGCCGUUUGAGUACCUCCGCCUCACCAGCUUAGGAGUCAUUGGUGCUUUGGUGAAAACAGAUGAGCAGGAAGUGAUUAACUUCCUGUUGACCACAGAGAUAAUUCCUUUGUGCCUACGCAUCAUGGAGUCUGGAAGUGAGCUCUCCAAGACGGUCGCUACAUUUAUCCUACAGAAGAUCCUCUUGGACGACACGGGCCUGGCGUACAUCUGCCAAACCUACGAGCGCUUCUCCCAUGUCGCCAUGAUUCUUGGUAAAAUGGUCCUCCAGCUCUCCAAAGAACCCUCGGCCCGCUUGCUGAAGCAUGUGGUGCGGUGUUACUUACGGCUGUCUGACAACUCCAGAGCGAGAGAAGCUCUGCGCCAGUGCCUCCCCGACCAGCUCAAAGACACCACCUUCGCCCAGGUCCUGAAGGAUGACACCACCACGAAACGCUGGCUGGCCCAGCUGGUGAAGAACCUGCAGGAGGGUCAGGUGACCGACCCCCGCGGGAUACCUCUCCCCUCACAGUGAGCGCCCUCACCGAUCUCUUUCUGCUCUUGGUGCACCAGCAAGGAACUGCCAAACAGAUGACGAGCCUUCAUGAAUUCAGAGACAGCUAGUGUUGGAAAGGUUUGAGAUAACUACCUAAUUUAUUUUAUGACAUUUUCGGUUUUAAAUUCAGCAACAAAGCUAGAAAGUCUUUAAAAAUAUGUCUUUAAACCAGGCAGAGUAGGUACUUUAGUUUAUAAGACUGAUUGUAGUGAAAGUUCUAGUAGAUGUUUCCUCAGGUCUGCCAUUUUUAUGUUGACAGCAGUAAUGUGAGAGACCUCUCUCUGAUUUCAGAACGGAAGUUCCAACAUUGAAAGGCCUUAUUUUCCAGAGUCAUGGCCACCCACCUUGGACUUGGCUUUGGCACCAAUUUGAUUGGUAGAAUACAGGCAGCACAGAUACAAUAAUUAAAAACUUGAGCGCAUAGUGCCAAAUGAAUGUAGCCUGCCUUGUCUUAGACACAGCUCCUUAUAAGCCAUCCUUGAUGGUGUUCCACUCAAAUUUAGCCGACCUACAAUGUGUUGUCCAGAAAAUGCCAAGAGAAGGCAUUCUUGCACAGUGAUAAAAGAAAACUCGGCAGAAAGAAUAAAAGAAGAUUUAGUAACUCACAUUUUUGUUUUUUUUUCAGUGUAAUGUAUUAUGUUACCUUUAUUUUGUAAUCUAAUUACAAAAUACUAGAUGCAGUUAGUUGUCGCCCAACAACUAAAGGAGACCGCACAAUUUUUAUGAAAUACUUGAAAAGAAAAGGCUGUUGCCUGAUUGUGUUCUUGUUCACAUGUUCUACUUGAAAUUUGCAGUUCUGUUCCCAUGAAUCCUUAUAUUCAAGUCGCCUCAGUGUGCCGUAUAUGAUAUACAGAUUCAGUGCAUCCUAAAAUAUUUAAUCUGCUAAAAAAAAAAAAUAAAAAAAAAAGUUUUAUGAAACAUAGGUUUUUGUUUAAAAAAAAAAAAAAUACAACCAAGAGCAAAUGGGUUUUCAGUGUGCAUACUUCUAAACUAAUACUUAAUGGAAGCACCUUUUGAUUCUAUUACAGGACACUGUCUGUGUAAAUAAGAGUCUUUUGCAUUUGUAUAAUUUCCUGUUAAUAAUUUCCAGCUUAAGAAAAACAUGAUGCUGCCACCUCCAUGCUUCAGUGUUGGAGGGAUGGAUCUGGUGUUCUUUUGUUGAUGUGCCGUGUUGCCAGACAUACAUUUCAGUCUCAACAGACCACAACACAUUUUUCACAUAGAUAUGGCAGGCUCUUUUUGAAAGUUUAGCCUUGCUUGGGUGUGUUUUUUUCUUUUCUUUUUUUUUGCCACCCUGGUUCAUAGCCACGUUAUAUUUUCUCUAUUUAUUUAAGGCUAUCUUUAUUGUGUUCUGUCUUUUAUUAUAGAGAGUAUUAGUAUUAAUACUCCCUUCUGGUGAAGACAAGUGUGUACAUUACAUGAGCUUGAUAAGUGGUUGAUUCUGAACGCAAAUCAACAAGUUAUAAAAAGGAUGCACACUCAUUUGCACUUCUCAUCCUUUUUUGUGUAGGCUGUAAUUUUUACCUUAAAACUGCAGAAGUUCUUUUUUAACUUCACAUAAGCUUGCUGCUUUAACAGAAACUUUGGCAGAUGUGCCUUUAUUGUCCAGAGGGGAAAUUCAAAGAUGACAUGGCAAUACAGGGAGUUAACAGUGGGAAAGAAACUGUCUAUACAGUAGUGUAUAAUACUGGAUGGUGCUUAAAUACUGUCCACUAGAAACAGCAAAAAACAGUGUGCGUAUAUAUGUGCCAGAAUACUGUUCAUAUGUGUACAUGUGAAAUGUCUGUGGUAUGUUUAUACAUAUGUCAGAACAUGUGCAACACAUGUGGCAUUUGUAUCGAAAAUGAAUAAAACUCUUUGCAAAAUCUG